UGUUUGAGACAUAGCUUGAGACUACCCAGGCCUAACGGAACAGAUACAAAGUGUGGUUGUUCUUCCUGUUCACUAAGACUGACAUCAUCUCACAAAACGCGGAAGUCACAGUUCCCCAACCUCUCGCUCAAAUAUACUUAGUUUUAGUACAGCCAAAGUGGACCAAAUCAGGGCACUACCCUAGGGUCCAAUUGUGUUUCCACACUGAGGAGAGAUGAACAAGGGGAAGUCUAAAGGGCAGGAGAACAUGCCCAGCUCCCUUCUCGACAUCCAGGAGAAUGAACGUCUGGUGGACUUGCUGGGCCGGAGAUGUGUGUCUCUGGCCACUGCUGUUGUACAACUCUAUAUGGCCCUUCCUCACAGUCCAGCCCACUGGAGUCUACAGCAUACCGGAGUGCUGUGUUUUGUCAAGGACAACCCACGCCGCUCGUACUUCAUCCGCCUUUAUGAUAUCAAGGAGGGGAAAAUGAUAUGGGAGCAAGAGUUGUAUAAUCAGAUGUCUUACUCCAUUCCAAAGCAUUUUUUUCACAGUUUCCCAGCAGAUGACUGCCAAGUAGGUCUAAACUUUGCAAGUGAGAAGGAAUCUGAGCUGUUCAAAAACACAGUAGAGGAAAAGAUCAACCAGCGAUCCAAUCGCCAAGAAAGAAGACAGAAUGUUCCAAAUGAAGAAAAACGAGCUCUACCACCCACACCACCUUCAAAUGGUCCAAUGGCCACAACAGAUAUCGCAAACCCAGACAUUUUGGUCUUACAGAAUCGAUCUCCUAGUGUCCCUGUGCCUGCGCCUGCAGGCUUUAACAUAUUAAGAAAGAACAAGAAGGACAAGAAGAAGGGACCUAGACUGACCAAAGCAGAUAUUGGAGCACCCAGUGGUUUUAAGCAUGUCACACACGUAGGAUGGGAUCCAAACACUGGUUUUGAUACAAAUAAUCUGGACCCAGCCUUGAAAAAACUGUUUUCCUUUGCUGGUAUCAGUGAAGAUCAGCUGACAGAUAAAGAGACAUCCAAACUUAUCUUUGAUGUCAUUGAGCAGUCUGGUGGCCUGGAUGCUGUCAGAGAGGAGAUGAGUAAGCAGGAUGCAAUGAGUCCUCCAUCUCGGAGUAUUCCCCCGGUCCCGGGUGGUGCACCUGCAGCCCCUCCACCUCGUGGAGAGCGGGGCCUUCCUCCCAUCCCUGGCCAACCUCCACCAGCUCCUUCAUCCCGCAAUCAAAGAGCUCCCCAACGUGGAGCCCUUCCACCACCUCCUCCCACUGGAAGACCUGGACCCCCACGUCCUCCACCUCCAUCUGGUGGUUACUCAGCUUCCCCACCUCCUACCUCCAGUGCUUCUAUGGGUGGAGGAGGAGCACCUCCCCCUCCGCCACCCCCUCCCCCUCCUCCACCUCCUGCUCCUGUCAGUAGCUCCAACAGCAGCAGCCCGAUUAGUCCUACUCCAAGUCCAGGAGGUGGCAGAGGAGCUUUAUUGGACCAGAUACGACAUGGCACCAAGCUAAAGAAUGUUACAGAGAGUUCUGAUCCUCAUCCUUCAUCACAAGAUGGAGAUGGUGAGGGCAUUGUUGGUGCUCUGAUGAUGGUGAUGCAGAAAAGAAGCAAAGUCAUUCAUUCCUCAGAUGAUGAAGAAGAUGAUGGAAUUGAGGAGGAAGAUGAUGAUGAAUGGGAUGACUAAUAGCAAUAUACAUCUCUGGUAUAAACACCCUUAUGCACACACACACAUGCACACACAUGCACACACACAUAUACACACGAAAUGUGUAUAUAUUCAUGUAUCGGUAGUAGGAUUUCAGCUUGGAAUUAUAGUGACAAGGCACGCAAUAGAGAGGCAGGAUAAGGAAGAAAAAUGUCAGUGUAUAUUGUCAGAGCUGAAUGAAAUGAGCUGUUAAAUGUGAAUAAUCUUAACCCUUUAAUAUAUAGCUAGGUGACUUAGUAACUAUUUGUAGCUAUUUGUAGGUACUAUGAAAAGAUUUCAUCCAAACUGUUUGAAUAUUUUUUUGUUUGCCAUUUUAUUGGAGGUAGGGGAUAGGGGAAAAUGUCACAGGUUACUUAAAGCAAAGUAUACAUUUAAGGGUUAAAGUAAUAACAAAUCUAUGUUUUAUUAAAACUGAAUAAAGCAAAUUCAUUGUGCAAUCUA